AUGGCCGAACCCGAACAUAUUCCCCCUAUCCCCGAGAAAACUGAGCCGGCCGAGCACCAUGUGGGGAAAGCUCCAUCGGCGCGGACCUCAUGCGCGAAGCGACAACUGCUGGGUGUCUUGACAUCAACGGAUGUGAUUAUCCGCCGAUUAGACAAACUACUUUCGAAUGCGGACGGACAAGAGAGAGUCCUCGCGACAAUCAACUAUGUGGCCUCCAUGCUACACCAUCUCACAGCAUCCGCCCCCUGGAUCGCAUUCCAAACCCGGCUAAGCCUCCUCGCCCGAUUAAAAGGCCGCACGCCUCCGAAGAACCUCACCCCCGCAUCCUCGAAAUCGAAGUUCGCGGCCCUCUGCACACUCGCCUCGGAGACGAGAUACAACCUCCGGCUCUUCGGCCUUCUUCCGCUAUGGAUUUGGGGCGCAGACACGCUGCGAUCCCCGCCCGCAGACCCAAUCCUCCACGCCCUGACCGUGCUCCAGGUCAUUUCGAACGUGUUCUACCAGCUCCUCGAGAAUGUGGCCUACCUCGCCGGCAAGGGGGUUGUCUCAAAGCGCUUCGUGGAUAAAUAUGGUGGCAUCGCUAAGUGGGAUAUCUGGAGUACUCGGGGGUGGUUUGGACAUAUCUUCUUCCAGUUCUUCGUGCUCUGGCGCGAGAGUGUACUGCGGAGACGGCGGGUCGCUGCGCAGCGUGAGGCUGCCGGUACCAUUGAGACCAAGGAGACCAAAGCGGAGGAUAGUGAGGCACUGCGCUUGGAGAUCCGUGCUUGGCGCAAGAGCUUGGUUAACAACGCUAUUUGGGCGCCCUUGUGUCUUCACUGGUGUCUGGAGAAGGGCAUCGGUAUUCCCGAGAGCCUGACUGGACUUAUCAGUUUUGGUGCUGGCGCUUGGAGCUUGCAUGACCACUGGGUCGGAACGGCCAAGGCAUAG